GACCUGCAGAGCAUCAGAGGCCCAGCUAGAGGGAGAACACCGAGGAGUAAUUUGCUGACAGACAAGCAGGGAUGGACCUGGUUUCAGCUCUCUCACUGGAAACCUGGGUCCUCCUGGCAGUCAUCCUGGUGCUUCUCUACCGACUUGGAACCCGUAGACAUGGAAUUUUUAAGAAACAAGGAAUUCCUGGGCCAAAACCUCUGCCUUUUUUAGGCACUGUGCUGAAUUACUACAAGGGCUUAGGGAGAUUCGACAUGGAGUGCUAUAAAAAGUAUGGAAAAAUAUGGGGGUUGUUUGAUGGUCAAACACCUGUGUUUGCCAUCAUGGACACAGAGAUGAUUAAGAAUGUACUAGUGAAGGAAUGCUUUUCUGUCUUCACAAACCGGCGGGAUUUUGGCCCAGUGGGGAUUAUGGGGAAAGCCGUCUCUGUAGCUAAGGAUGAGGAGUGGAAGAGAUAUAGAGCCUUGCUGUCCCCCACGUUCACCAGUGGAAGACUCAAGGAGAUGUUCCCCAUCAUUGAACAGUAUGGAGACAUUUUGGUAAAGUACUUGAAGCAAGAGGCUGAGACAGGCAAGCCUGUCACCAUGAAAAAAGUGUUUGGUGCCUACAGCAUGGAUGUGAUCACCAGCACGUCAUUUGGAGUGAACGUCGAUUCCCUUAACAACCCAAAGGAUCCUUUUGUGGAGAAAACCAAGAAAUUGUUAAGAUUUGACUUUUUUGAUCCAUUGUUCUUGUCAGUAGUACUCUUUCCAUUCCUCACCCCAAUAUAUGAGAUGCUAAAUAUCUGCAUGUUCCCAAAGGAUUCAAUAGCAUUUUUCCAAAAAUUUGUGCACAGAAUAAAGGAAACCCGUCUGGAUUCUAAGCAUAAGGACCGAGUGGAUUUUCUUCAGCUGAUGCUGAAUGCUCAUAAUAAUUCCAAAGAUGAAGUGUCUCAUAAAGCCCUGUCUGAUGUUGAAAUCAUAGCCCAGUCAGUUAUCUUUAUUUUUGCUGGCUAUGAAACCACCAGCAGCACACUCUCCUUUGUCUUGUAUUUCCUGGCCACUCACCCUGAUAUUCAGAAGAAACUGCAGGAGGAGAUUGAUGGGGCUCUGCCGAGUAAGGCACCUCCUACCUACGAUAUUGUGAUGGAAAUGGAAUACCUGGAUAUGGUGUUGAAUGAAACUCUCAGAUUGUAUCCAAUUGGUAAUAGACUUGAGAGAGUCUGUAAAAAAGAUAUAGAACUUGAUGGUUUGUUUAUACCCAAAGGGUCAGUAGUGACGAUUCCAACAUAUGCUCUUCAUCAUGACCCACAGCACUGGCCAAAGCCUGAGGAAUUUCAUCCAGAAAGGUUUAGCAAGGAGAACAAGGGCAGCAUUGAUCCUUAUGUAUAUAUGCCCUUUGGAAAUGGACCCAGGAACUGCAUUGGCAUGAGGUUUGCUCUCAUGAAUAUGAAACUCGCUCUCACUAAAGUUCUGCAAAACUUCUCCUUCCAGCCUUGCAAGGAAACACAGAUACCUCUGAAAUUGAGUAGACAAGCAAUUCUUGAACCAGAAAAACCCAUUGUUUUAAAGGUUCUGCCACGGGAUGCAGUCAUAACUGGAGCCUGACUUUCCCUCAAGGAAUUUUAUUGGGAUCUUCACAAAGGCAGUGUCUAAGAACAUUGAACCUUUUAAUUUACUUCAUGUAUGAAUUCCAGAUAAAACUGGGACUUAAUUGACUGCUGUUGAUACAUGGUUAAAGAUUCAGUACAUUUAUGGAUCUUUCUAAGUGUCUAUACAAAGUACCACAUAAUAAAAAGGAGUUGGCAAGUCUGUGACAGGACAGGAAAUUCACCUUUGCUGAUUCUCAUGGGACCAUCUCCAUCCACAUCUGGUGGUCUCUGUUAAUUUCCUUUGAGCUCUUUUGAUAGUAACCAUGUCUCUGUAAUUUGAUCAAUAAUAUUUUGAUGUAAAGGUGAACUAUUGUGGUAAUUCUAUUUGUAGAUUUGGUAUCAGAUGUUUUUCACUUGCAAUAUUCUAGAAUAAAUGCUACAUGGAAAGUAUCCUUUAA